AUGCCCUCCCAAGACGAAACCAUCUCCAAAUUCAAACGCAUCGGGAUCGUCGGCUCCGGCAACAUGGGGUCGAUGAUGGCGUUUGCAUUCUCGGAACUCGGGCUGGACGUGUCGAUCUGGGACGCGAAAUACUCCAACGUGAAGCAACUGCUCUCCGCCGCAAAAGACACAAACUACAAGGGAAAAAUCGAAGGGUUCGAAGAUGUCUCGAAGUUCACGCAGUCCCUUGAGGGCAAGGGCGAGAGGAAGAUCUUCCUGUUUAGUAUCACGCACGGCGAUCCCGCUGAUAGCGUGCUGGGGAUGAUCAAGAAGGACCUUAAGAAGGGGGAUAUCAUUCUGGAUGGGGGGAAUGAGAAUUAUCGACGCACCGAGGCGAGGCAGGUGGAGUGUAGUAAGAUCGGGGUUUCGUGGAUUGGGCUUGGUGUUAGUGGGGGUUAUCAGUCUGCACGACGGGGGCCGAGUCUUUCGCCGGGUGGUGAUAAGGAGGCGCUUGAGUUGGUGAUGCCGCUGCUUGAGCUGUAUGCCGGCAAAGAUGCGAAGAGUGGACAGCCCUGUGUGACGCGGAUUGGGCCCAAGGGGGCCGGGCACUUUGUCAAGAUGGUGCAUAAUGGGAUUGAGGGGGGGAUGCUGAGCACGCUUGCCGAGGCGUGGUCGUUGCUGCAUUACGGGCGCGGCUUGAACUACGACGAAAUCGCCGACAUCUUUGAAGCGUGGAAUAAGGAGGGCGAGCUGCGGAAUAACUUCCUGCUAGAGAUCGGGGCUGAGCUGCUGCGCGUGAAGAAGACGCCGCAGGGAGACGGGAAGGGCGAGGGCGUCGGCGAUGGCGGAUACGUGCUCGACGACGUCCUCGACAAGGUCGUCCAGGACAACGACAACACCGAGGGCACGCCGUACUGGUCCGUCAUGGAGUCGGCAAGCCGGCACAUCUCCGCGCCCACCCUCGCAACAGCGCACUUCAUGCGCAUCGCCAGCGGCAACCGCAUCGAGCGCCUCGAAGUCGCCAAGCAGCUGCGCCUCCCCUCCCCGUCUCGCAUCCGCGGCAUGAAGGACAUCGAAGCCUUAAAGCAGCACCUCCAUGCCGCCGUGUACGCCUCCUUCCUGGCAUCUUUCUGCCAGGGUCUCGAGCUCAUCGCCCGCGCCUCCGACGACGAAGGCUGGGACAUCGACCUCGGCAAGUGUCUGCAGAUCUGGCGCGCCGGGUGCAUCAUCCGGUCCGAGGGGAUCGCGGACAUCCUGCAGCCCGCUGUGUCGGGGAACAAGAAGAUCAAGAACAUGAAGUUUAUUGAUGAAGUUGCGCAGGAGCUGCACCGGACUUUCCCCUCGCUGAAGGAGAUUGUCCUGGCUGCUGUGGACGCGGACCAUUAUAUUCCGGCUAUUUCGGCGAGCCUGGAGUAUGUCAAGUAUGAGGGGGGGACGAAUCUGCCGACGAAGUUCAUGGAGGCGCAGAUGGAUUUCUUCGGGGCGCAUGGGUAUAAUCUUCCUGGGGUGCCUGGGGAGGAUCCCGGGCCUGUGAACCCCGUCCCCAUCGCCGUCAUCGGCGGCACCGGCCUGCGCGAACUCCCCGGCUUCACCCAAGUCGCCUCGCUCAACAUCCAGACACCCUGGGGCACUCCCUCCUCCCCCAUCACGAUCCUGCACCACACGCACAAGGACCGCACCGUCGCCGUCGCCUUCCUCAGCCGCCACGGCCAGCACCACCAGAUCGCGCCGCACGAGGUCCCCGCGCGCGCCAACAUCGCCGCCCUCCGCUCCAUCGGCGUCCGCACAAUCAUCGCCUUCUCCGCCGUCGGCAGUCUGCAGGAGGAGAUCAAGCCCCGCGACUUUGUCGUCCCCGACCAGGUCAUCGACCGCACAAAGGGGAUCCGCCCGUUCACGUUCUUCGAGGGCGGCGUUGUCGGCCACGUCCCGUUCGGCGAUCCGUUCGAUGAGCGCGUUGCCAAGAUCGUCCGGGCUUGCGGGCAUAGUCUGGAGGGUGAGGGGGUGAAGCUGCAUGACCGUGGCACGCUUAUUUGCAUGGAGGGCCCCCAGUUCUCCACCCGCGCCGAGAGCAAGCUGUACCGCUCCUGGGGCGGCUCCGUCAUCAACAUGUCCUGUCUCCCCGAGGCUAAGCUCGCGCGCGAGGCCGAGAUCGCCUACCAGAUGAUCUGCAUGUCGACCGACUACGACUGCUGGCACGAGUCGACUGAAGACGUCUCCGUCGAGAUGGUCAUGGGCCACAUGAAGGCCAACGCCGUCAAUGCGAAGCACUUUGUCACGGCUGUUCUGAACGAGCUUGCGUCUGAGGAGAACGCCGAGCUCGUCCAGGCCAAGCAGUAUGCGGGGGCUGUCAAGUUCGGUCUCAGCACGGCACAGGCGAGCUGGAGCGUCGAGGCGAGGGAGAAGAUGAACUGGCUGUUCCCUGGAUACUUUGAGUAG